AUGUCGAUCGAAGAGGGAUAUGUCGCCCGCACGCUCAACAACAGACUCGCCUCCAACGCCAAACAACAGAAACAGCCGCCGUCCAGAAUAGUGUACGAAAAGGCCAACUUCUACCUGGACUCCCGGUACCACAUCAUAUCUGUGCUUGGAAAGGGCUCGUACGGAACAGUUUGCUCGGCGGUCGACAUGCAGUCAAAGGACAAGGUGUCGAUCGCCAUAAAGAAGGUCAGCAAUAUAUUCAACAAGGAGGUGCUGCUGAAACGCGCGGUGAGAGAGCUCAAGCUCAUGUCCUACUUCAAGGGCCACAAAAACAUCAUCAACUUGGUGGACCUCGACAUCGUCUACAUGAAGCCCUACGACGGACUGUACUGUUUCCAGGAGCUGGUAGACUACGACCUGGCCAAGGUGAUCCACUCGUCCGUGCAGUUCAGCGAGUUCCACAUCCAGUGUUUCCUGUACCAGAUUUUGUGCGGACUAAAAUAUAUUCACUCCGCAGACGUGAUCCACCGCGACCUCAAGCCGGGCAACAUUCUGGUGACGAGCCAGGGAGUGCUCAAGAUCUGCGACUUUGGCCUUGCGCGCGGAAUCUCGGAACAGUACAUGAACAAGAACCAUAGAUCCAGCAACAUCACCAACUACGUCGCCACGCGGUGGUAUCGCGCGCCAGAACUGAUUCUCACGAGAAAACAGUACGGGAAGGAAAUCGACAUGUGGGCCGUUGGGUGCAUUUUCGGCGAGCUGUACGGCCGCAAGCCGCUCUUCAUCGGCGACGACCAGAUGCACCAGAUCAGUGAGAUUUGCAAAGUGCUGGGCACUCCGUCCAGAAAUGUGAUAUUGGGGUACAACUCCACUGUGGCGUGGGACUACUUUGCGUCCUCGAAGCCGCAGUUCCAGAAACAGGAGUGGUCCAACGUGUAUCCCCACGCGAGUGUGUUGGCUCACGAUUUGCUUUCGAACUUGCUUUGCUGGAAGGUCGAGAAACGGUACACUGUCGAGCAGUGUCUGGACCACCCGUUGCUAGCGGAGGUCCGCAAUCUGGAAGACGAGCCUGAGGUAGCACAGCCGUUCGACUUUAGUUUCGAGUGGAAGUGCCGGACCGUCAACGAUAUGAAAAUCCUGCUGCACGAGGAAGUCGAGCUUUUCCGCAAGGAAAGGAAGGCAACGCUCAAGUAG